AUGGAGUCGGAGGUGCUGAUUAGUUUGCAGGCAGAGCGGGCGGAGUUGAGGGCGGAGAUAUCACGCCUGCAAGAUGAAUUAUCAGAAAGUCAUGCAGAAAAACUGGAGCUUGAAUCUAGAGCUCAAGCUUUGACUGACAGGUUGUCUCAGAUGGUGGACCCGUCUCUCGCUGCGUCUCUUCACAUGGAUGACGAACAGAGAGAGUGGAGGAGGAGACUUAGAGAAGGACGAGAGAGAGAGGCCAGGCAAGCAAUACUCAUACAGAAACUACAGAACAAGGUCGUGGAAUACAGAGCUCGUUGCCAGGGUUUGGAACAGCGGGUGGUGUUAGAGGAGACAGAGCUACGCAGGAGAGAGAGAUCACUCAGAGAUGAGCACAGCCAUACAAUGGAGAGUGCCCUCAUCAGGUUGGAGGAGGAACAGCAGAGAGGGGUGGGGCUUGCUGAGGUCAAUGCCCUCUUGCGCAGUCAGCUCAGCCAAUCAGCAGAUGCAAAUGAAACCUUGAGGGAGGACCUACAAAAGCUCACAGCAGAUUGGUCCAGAGCAGUAGAGGAUGCUGCACAAAAGGAGAUGGAAUGGCAAAAAGAGAGAGAAAAUCUGACAGGUCACAUAAAACGGGAAAACACUCGACUGAUGGAACUGUGGGGACAUGUUUUGACUCUCCGACGCCACUGUCACACGAUCAAGACAGCAACUGACAAAGAUCUCUGGGAUUUGAGGGCACAGUUUUCCCGUCUGUCCUCCUCUUUACUCUCCAUUUGUAGCAGCUCUCCUCGUCCAAUCGGCGGCCUUGCUCUUGACCCCAGCCCCUCCUCAGCUCCUCCUCUCUCCUCAUCUCAUGGACCUCUCUCACUGAAUGACCUACAGUCAGACCAGGCAGAGAAAGAAAUCACAGACCUGAAAACGUUACACCAGACAGAGACGCAGCAACUCCAAGACAGGAUAGCAGAGCUGACAGCCUCGUUAAGAGCCCAGGAGGAUGAAAGAGAGAGAUGGGAACUGGAGAAGGACAGGAAACACAAGCAGGAACUGGAGAGAGACAGAGAGAGAGAGAUGGAGUGGGAGAAACAGAAAGAGAUGGAGAGAAAUCUGUCAUCUGUCUGUCAAGCCAUAAAGAAACUGUCCAGGGUUGUGAACUCUCUGAAACUAGAUGGACCAAGCAAUGGUGUGUUUGUGCGUGGGGAUGACGUAUCCAGUGAAGGACUCUCCUAUUUUUUGUCUGUUAUCGCUAAUGCUGAGACGACACUACAGUGGAGACAUCAACAACUACAGGAAGCUGAGGUCACCGUGCGUAGGUUAGGCGCGGAGAGAGAAUCUUUGGAGCAGCGGGUCAAACAGCUUGAGGUCGAUUCUGAAGAACUACAGGAACGAGUCAGACACAGCGAUCUGGAACUGAAACACACACAGGAACUACUGACCAGUGAAAGGGAGAUGGUGGCAGGCCUGCGCAGCCGUGCAGAAGAGGCUGAUCAGCACAACGAGGACCUGAGGAAAGAAAACGAGUCUUUAAGGCGGCAGAGGGAGAGAGACAUUGAGGAGAGGAGUGAGCUGGAGAGAGAGAGACAGAAGCGUGUGGAGGCUGAGGCGCUGGAGACCGCCCAGUUGUGUGAGAGGGAGACGCGUAAUCGCAUGGAGCUGCGCGUGCUGCAGGGGGCGCUGGAGCGCGAGCAGCUCGACCGAACGCGUGCAGAGCAGGAGGCCGCUGAUGCCAAAGAAGCCUUACACAAAGAGCGGGAGGCAGCGUUGUCUUUGUCGUCCUCUCAGGCGGCUCUGAGGCGUGAGUUAACAGAGGCUCGUGAUACCCUGGAGAAAAUGGCUGCUCUAAACGAGGCCCUGGCCAAAGAUAAGAGAGAUCUGAACACUCACAUGCUGCAGCUGGAGACAGAGCUUGUGGAGGCUCAGACUCAGGUCCAGGGUCUGGACUCAGAGGUGGCAGCUUUACGUCGGGAACUGAAGUCCACGUCUUACGAGAUAACAGAACUAAGGGUCCAGAGAGAGACAGAUCUUGACACUCUACAACAGCUCCGAAUGAGAGAAAGAGAGAUGGAGAGAGAGAUAGAAAUGCUGAGGGAAGAGCGAGAGAGGGAGGUCAGCACACUCAUGGAGGAGAAGAAGGCUGAUGAACAGAGAAUCGAAGAGUUGUCGGAACAGAACACUGCUCUUAGCGAAGGGAUGAAGAACGUACAAGCAGAGUUGUGUCGAGUAAUAGAACAGCAGAAGAAAGGAGAGAGAGAGAGAGAAGACCUGCUGAGAGAGAGCCAGCGCAUGGAGGGAGGGAUACGGACGCUGGAGAGAGAGAGAGAACAACUCAAACAGGAACGACAGGAACUCAGGGAGUUGAGCAGUGAGGUCCAGAAGCAACUGACCCAGGCUCUGUCACAGGUCUCAGAACUACAGAUCCAGAACAGUCAGCUUCAAAUCCAAGUCCACACGUUCAACCAAACCAAAGAUGUUCUACAAGGAGAGAUUCACUGCCUUCAGGCUGAGCUGGAGAAGGAGUUACUCCUGAGGAAUGAAGAAAAAGAGACGCAUCAGAGAGAGAGAGAAAACCUACAAACAGAGAUAAAACAUUUACAGAAAGAGGCAGAACAAGUAUCAGACCAACACAGAAUAGAAGAAAAGGAUUGGAGGGUUGAAAAAGAGAAAUGGCAAGAAGAGAGAGAAGCCCUUAACUCUGAGUUGGGGUUGAGGGAUGGAGAGGUGGAGGUUCUGAAGAACAGAAUGGAUGGAUUAUUAAAAGAGAAAGAAGAGCUAUCACAGCUGCUGAGUGAGAGAGAAGAAGAGCUGGAGAAACUUCAGAGCAGACUAAUGGCAGAACAGAAGAUACUGGAGCAGAGAGUGAGAGAGGCCUGCGAUGAAACAGAUAGAUGGAAAGGAAGAGUGUCAGACAUGCAGAGGGAGAAGGAGGAAUUGAAUCAGAGGCUUCUAGAAAGAGGGGAGAAGGAAAGCAAAGAACGGAAAAUGCUGGAACGAGAGAAACAAGAGAUGGCUGACCUUCUUCGAAAGAGUAAGGAAGAGACACACAAAAGGGAGACAGACAUCGAAGAACUGAAACAAAGAAUAGGAUCGAUGGAGAGGGUGAUAGAGACGCAGGAGCAAGAUUUGAAGGAGAAAGAGAUUUUAGAAAACAGAAUCAUGGUCCUAGAGGAGCAGAACUCUCAGCUGAAAGAAAGAGAGAGAGAAAAAUGGGCCGAAGAGGAGAGGAAGCAAAAAAGGAGGGAGGAACAAGACAGGGAGAGAGAAAAGAGGUGGAGAGGAGAGCUAGGACAGAAAAAUGAAGAAUUGGAAGAACUCCAAAAAAGAACAGAAUGGUUAACAAAGGAAAAGGAACAAAUAUCCUCGCUACUGAGCGAAAAUCAAAUAGAGGUGGAGAGACUGGAGGCUAAACUCACCACUGAGAGGAAGGCUGCCGAAGUGAGAAUGAAAGAAAUGGAGGACAAGAUUGAAUGGUGGAAGAAAAGAGCUGGGAAGGUAGAGAGUGAAAAGAAUGAGUUAAAUGAACGAUUUCUGGAGCAAUCUGAAAGGGAAAGCGAAGUCUUAAGGACAGUUCAAAAACAGAAAGAUGACCUGGCUGACCUUGUAAAAGAGAAAGAGGAAGAGCUGCAAAAACGAGAUGACGACAUUUUGGAUCUAAAAUCGACAGCGAGAUCACUACAGGGAGAAAUUGAGAGACUAGAACUUACUCUGAAGGGAAAAGAGAUUUUGAAGGGCCAGCUCCAUGCACUAGAGAUACAGAAUUCACAAUUUAGGGAAAGAGAAAGAGAGCAACAGAGGGAACGAGAGAGAAGAGAAGAGGAGCAAUUGGAGUUAGAGAGGAGAUUGAGAGGAAAACUAGAGCAAAAAGAGGGAGAGAUGAAAGAACUUAGGAACAGAAUGGAGAGGUUAUUGAAAGAAAAAGAAGACAUAUUAGAUCAGCAGGCUGAUAAAGAAAGAGAGGUAGAAGAAUUGGAAGAUGAGCUGAAAACUGAACGCAGAAAUUUUCAAAAGCGGAUGAGAGAGGCACAGGAAGAGAUAGAGAAAUGGAAGGAGACAGCAGAGGAGCUAGAGAGAGAGAAAACCAGCGUAGAAGAGAGAGAGGAGAAGAUGAGAGAGAGAAUAGAGACAGAAGAUAGAGACAGAGAGCAGAGAUUAAGACGAGAGCUCACCCAGAUGGAGGGAGAGGUGGAGAGACUGUUACUGAGAGAAGAGGAGCUGGAGAGAGAAAAUAAGGAGCAGAGGAGUAAAUGUCAGGAGCUGCAGCACAGUCUACAGAGUCAGAGCAGUCUCCUCAAAGAACAUCAGGAGGAAACGGACAGACUAAAAGAAACUUUACGACAAAGAGAUGAAACAGGGGAAGAGAGGCGUCGCCAAGAACGAGAAGAGCGAAGGAGACUGGAAGAGAGAGUGCAACAGCUAGAGCUGUCAAAGCAAAAGCACUUGGACCACCUAAAAAAGGUCGAAUUAGAGCUGGAGAAAGAGACGAAGCAACACAUGCAGAAAGCAGAACAGCUUGUUGAACAAACACAGGAGCUACAAGUUGUCUCGGCAGAGAGGAAUAGAGAGAGAGACAACGCGCAAAGAGUGAAGGGGAGGAAUGAGGAGUUGGUGGAAGAGAUAAAGGGAUUGUGGAGGAAAGUAGAGGAACAGUCAAAGGAGGUGAGGAGUCUCUCCCAGUUAGUGCAGGACAGUGAGAGGAUGGUGGAGGACUUAAAGGCAAAAGAGGAAGAUGACGAAGCAGAGAAAGAGCGAAUGAGAAGGUCUCUGAGUCGAAGAGAGGAAGAGAUGGAGCAACUGACCCUCCAGCUGAGAGAAGAGAAAGCAGAAGGAGAGAGAUUGAGGUACAGGCUUGAGGAGCUUGAGAGAGGACAGCACACCUUUCUGGUAGAGAAAGGACAACGGGUGGAGAAGCUCGGUAAACAAGUGAAAGAGCUGGAAGAAGAGCGCGACCAUCUCUCUGCAGAGCUGCGAAGCAAAGAGAGAGAGACAAGUGCCCUCAAAGAUGAGGUGUUCAGAGAAAGGAGAGAGAAAGAUAAAGUAGCUUUGUCAUUGAGGAGAAAGGAGGAGGAACUCGAGAAGACAAAAGAGAAGAAAGAGGCAAUGACCACUCAAGUGUCGACUCUUCAAGAGGAGAUAGCAGAUCUCACCAGAAGCAGGAAGCAAACACUUUUUGAGGUGAAAGAGAAAGAAAGGGAAAACCAGAAGAUUCGUGAGGGGCUUAAGGCAGGCUUGCAUGAAAUGGCUACCUUGAAGAGUCUUCUAGAAGAGAGCUAUCGUGAAGGAGAAAGUCUAAGAGCCAUUCUACAAGCAAAGAAAGACAAACUGGUUGAAAGACAAAAUGAUGUAGGUGAAAAGGGCAACUUACAGAUGGAGUUAGAGGAACUACGUACUUGGACCCAAACCCUGGAGAGAGAGAAAGAAGAUCUGAAGACCCAGCUGAGUCAUAAAGAGGCUGAGCUGAUAGAAACUUGUCAAGAGGGAGAAAGAGAGAGAGAGAGGAUGGAGAAGCGAGAGCUUGAGGUGGAGAAGGACCUGAAGGCUAUGGAAACUUUAGCAGGACAGAGGCAGGUUGAGUUGACUCGUGCCAAAGUCCGUUUGGAGGUUUUGGAGGAGCAAAGGACAGAACUCAGCUCUCUGGCUGCUGAGAGGAAUAAAGAGACACAGGAGCUGAGGAGUCAAGUCAGUAAACUUGAGGAGGAACUAAAGAGAGUAAAGGAAGAAAAGAAUCAAGACAUCUCUAGACUGGAACUGAAGAUGGAAGGAUUGCAGAAGGAAGAAAAGAAGAGAAUUCAGCAGAGAGAUGAACAAGAGAAAAGAAUGGAAAUCCUCACUGAAAGACUGAGACAGAAAGAGAAAGAGAUGGACAUGAUGACAGAAAGAUUUGAGAAGAAGGAGAAAGAAAGGAAUAAACUUGAACAGAUAUGGGAAGAAAGUGCAAGACAAAUCAAUGUAAUCACAGUGACGCUUAAGGAAAAGGAGGCAGAUCUCAAUAAUGUUAGAGAAGCAUCCUACAAAGAGGCAAAUGCAAGGCAAAGACUACAGGAACAACUUCAAGAGAAAGAGAGAGUCAUUGAGAAAUUGAGGGACACAAUUGUAAAUUUGGAAAGAGAAAGGACAGAGGUAAUUGUUAAGGAAAUGGGUAAGAGCAAAAGCAAUGAGACUGCAGAGAAUUCAGAGAUAAAGGAACCACAUGGAGUUCAAGGUCAAAGGAAUGUAGAGAGCGACUUACUUAGAGAGAAACUUAUCAAAAUGGAACAGCAAGUUGCUCUAUGGAGGGGAAGGGCAGAGAGCUUGGAAAAGGAGGUGGACAGACUUCAGUUGGAGAACAUAAGAGACUACCAGGGAGGUUUUAGAGAUGUGGACAGAGUACCAGAAGAUCGAAAUUGGGAAAGAUUGAGUGAACGACUCUCUGUGCUUCUAGAGGAAAAGCAGGAGAGUAACAGGCUCCUGAGAGAAAAAGAAGUGGAGGUGUAUUCACUGAAGGAGAGAGCAGAAGAGCUUGGUAAAGACAGAGAUCGGAUCAGGAGUGCUCUGGCAAAGACGGAGGAGAUGCUAAUUAGUUAUCGGGAGAGACUGAGAGAGCUUGAGAAAGACAAGAAAAAUAAACCAGACGCUGCGGACGUUUCCUCACAGGCUGUGGAGAACACAGAGACCAGCUCUGUGUCAGCACUGCAGGACCGACUGUCUGCCAUGCAGAGAGCUGUGGCACAGCUGGAAGUGGAUCACAGAAGACUGGAGAGGAGAAACUCACAUCUGGAACAGCGCGUCGACAGGCUGAAGACAGAGAGACGCCACCUCCGAGAAACACUCACACAGGUGGAGUCUGAGCGGGCAAGACUGCGGCAGCAGCAGUCUCAGUCAGAGACUGGAGAUCAGAAUUCAGGCCUCUUAAAUGGAGCAGAGAGAGAGGAGUUGAGGCGUUUGAGAAUACGGGCUAGUGAACUAGAGGAACAGGUUCACCGUCUGCGUCUGGUUCUGGCUGCGGAUCAUCAGGAACGAGUGGAAUUCAUUAAUAACUCCAUUAGAAACAGUAACAGUGUUUCAUGUCUGAGACAGGAGCUGAAAGAGUCUUUGGCUGUCGUGUGUGAACAGCCUGUUCCGUCAGUACUUGAAACAGAGACAGAGAGAUUGGACCGGAGUGUCAGAGAGGAAGAGCUGCGUCUCUCACUUAGCCUGAGCUGA